GAUCAGUUUACCUACACUACCGCGGAUACCCGUCUGUAUCGUAGAGCUGGAAGCUCUUGCAAUAUCUUGCUCAGAUGUAAGAGGAUUCUGAUAUCACAAGCAGCUACAAGCACAACCUUGCCCCUCAUUUCAUCCCGCCAGUCUAACCCUCCGCAGGAACCACUUCCCCCGAGCCUCGAACCCCGUUCGGCCCCAGCUGCGAGUCCCAUUCCUAUGCGAAAAGGUCAAGAACUCAUAUGGGACCUUCGUUUUCAAAGACUACCCAUCCAGCGUCGGGGUCGACAUAUCCGCCCUCUGUAAUGGGGAUCUGGACCUCGAUGACCACGCAGCCUUCCUCCAGGCAUGGCUAUUCUUCGGCACGCUAGUCGAGGCCCUCGGCACGGCAGGCGUGAAAGUGGACAUCGAAGAUUUUGUCGCGAAAUCCGGCGACGAGUGGAUCGUCACGACGGAAAUGCUGCCAAAGUAUCUGUGGAUGUGGGUGGCGGCGGAGUGCGUGCCCGGCUGGGUGAUCGAUUCCGAGCACUUGCCGCGCGUGCAGGAGUGCCUUUCUGUGGUUAAUUCCACGGCGAACCGGCUCGCAAAGUUAUCUGUCGGCGCGGUGAGUGAAGAGGCUUGGAAUGCGGGCUUCGGCUACCCGCCCGGUCAUGCGGUGUUGCUUUCGGUGAUUCUGCUCGGGGAGUUGUUGGAUAACGCGCUUGCUGGGGUGGUCUUCUCGCUCCCCAAGAUGAAGAUGCUUAGCUGGGAGUAUAGCCUGUUUGGCAAGUACCUGUUGCAAAAGGCCGGAUGGUGUCUUGGGGAGUUGGACAUGUUGGGUAUCACUGAGCCCGCGAUAUUAUUCUAUGUUGGUUCUUUCGACCGGGUUGCAUUGAAGAAGGAUCACUCAAGGUGCUCUGAUAGGGUGUGCUUGGCAAACCAGAUAGAUGAGAGGGUUUACCAAACAAAGCAUGUCAUGGAAACAUGCACAUGCGAGCACAUAAUUGUCGAGGAGGAGGGUAAUAGACCUGUCACUGAGGUCUUGCAUAAGGGCGAUAUCCCAACUAUCUCCUUCGACGGGGAGAAAGUCUUCGUGCAUAGCUCCGACUCAGCGCCCUAUGUAGCAAUGUCUCAUGUAUGGUCGGAUGGAUUGGGCAAUCCGCACACAAACUCUUUACCAAAAUGCCAAUUGGAGCGCAUCCAAGGACUUGUGAACGCCCUGCAUCCGGAUCGCGAUCCGGCAUCCCCGGUACCGUUCUGGCUGGACACAGUGUGUGUCCCUCUCCACGCUGAGACCCGAAAAACCGCGAUCCGGAGAAUGGCCAAAACUUACGACUCCGCGGCAAAAGUUCUCGUUCUCGACGUUUCACUGUCCGGCACGAGCGCGGGGGUGCCCGCCGACGAGUUAUUAAUGCGAAUCCGCUGCACGCCUUGGACGCAGCGCCUCUGGACUCUCCAGGAAGGCAUGCUCGCCGAGGAACUCUACUUCCAGUUCCGCGACAAGGCCAUCGCCGCAGAGUCGCUCCCGGAUAACUGGUACUACGAAAACUCCCCGGUAAAGUUGUGCGGCAAGCACUUUGGGCGACCGCGCGCUGACAAUUUACCGCUCGAGACUCGAGUCUUCCGAGCGCUGGCGUCGGAUGCGGAUGAGUUCGUCAAGGACGAGAUGGCUAUGGAAUCCGCUCUAGAAACGUUAUCGCGACAUCCCGAUUGUCCGGAUAUACUUGAUCACACGUUGCUGUACCGGUUGGACACCAACCACUCCGCCUCCUUCCAUCCAGUGUAUUUCGCCGGGUGGACGAGUUUUCAAAAGCUCCGCUAUCGCUUCGGUGUGGGUCAUUCGGCGCUGCCGAGUGUUGCCGGUGCGCUUAGGGGUAGACUUUCCAGUAAGAUGGAUGACGAGACAAUUUGUGUGGCCACGUUACUGGAUAUAGACCCUCUACACAUCCUAUCCGCGAAGAGCCAGAUAGCAAGGAUGAAAGUGCUCAUCGACAGCGUGGACAACUUCCCGCCAAGCCUAAUAUUCACGAACGUUCCCAGAAUGGACCUGGAUGGGUACCGUUGGGCACCGGAGUCCUUCAUGGACAAGAACGCAAAUUACGCGGGCCUCCUACGCGCCGGCGAGACGGGUCGCCGGACGGAAGACGGUUUGCUGGUAUCGAAUUACUUUUCAUAUGCCUUCCCCAAAGACUGGACGUUUCCGGACGCUGGCUCGUUCGUGGUCAAGGGCUGGGAAUCGUAUUUCCGGAUCACCCAUGCUCAUGCGCUGACGGUGGAAGUGGCUAGGCCAGCUGUGAUACUCGAGCAGCCGCCGGCUACGGUCUCGCGGGGGAUAGUGGUGGAUAUGUGGAGGGAGGAUGAUGGGGUGGUGAAGUUUGGGAGGCAUGUGGGCCAUGUGAGUAUUGAGGCUUUGGGGGGUGAGUGGGCUGGGGAGGUGGUUUGUGAGGUUGUCAAGUGGCCAAUCUCGUACAAGUGGUGUGUUGGGUAAUGCAGCUGAUAUUGCACUCGAGUACCGUACGAGUACAGUCCCUUUUUGGUGUGCUUGAGCCAAGAGCUGGCGCUUUCCUUGGCUGCAUGAACGUGGGGUGUAGGCGGAGCACUAGCACACAACUUUAGCACCGGCAUACUGCUUGUGGGGGUGGUGGGGUGGGGGCUUGGGCCCAGCUGUACAAUAUUAUCCGAGUAUCGGUAUGUCGUAGAGUAAGAUCCAAAUAAAGAGUUACCUGUAAGGGCGCUGAAG